AUGGAGUGUUUGUCUGCCGCGGCUUCGACCUCGCUCAAGAACGGUCAAACACCGAACCCUCGUCACAGCCAACUCCAAUACGUGUUGUGCAUGCACGACAAGAAGAAGGAAUACCAGAUUCCCCACAUCACCGCAUCGUUCUUCACCAUCAUCAAGGCUGGCAGCAACGUGUGGAACCAGCACUUCUCAAUUGUUCUGGGGCUGCAAUACUUGUCCCCGUCGCUGCUCAUCGUCAUGGUCUGCGUCCCGACAAUGAGCCGAGAUUGCCCCGAGAAUCAUCUUGGCUCCGUUUGCAAUGAACUCCCCCAAGAGGCAGAAAAGCUCGAAGCAUUGGCCCAGGACGGAUGGAGCUCGAGCAUCGAGACGAACUCACAAAGCGCCAAGUGGACGGAGCGCAAAGCCGGCUUUGAGGCCCCUUUGCAAAUGGAGGAAGUGGCGGCCAAGUCGCUGGCAAGGACUGGAGAGUCCGCAAAGUAG